AUGGGAGAAAGUCUGCUACAAGGCUUCCCCGAAGCCGCUCCUCCAAAGCCGUCAGAGGAACUGCAGUAUGCAGAUGUCGCCGUAACAGCCACAGCAAAAGAAUUCGCAGGAAUCUACCGCAACAAGCAAUACCACACUCCAGACUUUGCUUCCGUACUCUCACGCGCGGACUCUGCCGGAGUCAAANAAGUGAUGUUGACGGGAAUGUCAAGUUCAGACAUUACUUCCAAUGCUGAGAUUGCACGAUCAAGGCCUUUACACUGCAGCAUCACGAUUGGAGUACAUCCCUACCAUGCCAGCGAACCCUACACAAACAACAGCAAUGGCAAAGACUACUACGACAGCAUGGCAAAGCAAAUCAACGACCUCAAAAUCUCGGCGCCAGGACUGGUGACUGCAUACGGAGAACUGGGAUUAGAUUACGAGCACCUCGCACUCGCAGACAAGGAAACACAACUCCGCUGUUUCAAAGACCAACUCGAUCUUUUCGUGGCUCAGAAGUGGGAAUUACCGCUGUUUUUACACUGUCGAGCUGCUUUUGACGAUUUCGUGUCGGUGAUGGAAGGCUACAUUCCCCAACUGCCUAGAGGGGGAUUAGUUCACUCUUUCGUAGGCACAACAGCACAGAUGCAAAAACUGGUAUCUUUGGGCUUGGACAUCAGUGUCAACGGAUUCAGUUUCAAGGACCGCGAGUCUUUGGAGAUGGUAUCCGCAAUUCCGCUGGAAAAGCUACAACUCGAGACGGACGCGCCUUGGGGGAUCAUCCAAGCCAGCUCGGAAGUUGCANAAAGGUAUCUGGUCAAUGCGCCGAUAUUGCCGGCGAGUAAGAAGAAGGAUAAAUUUGCAAUGGGCAGUAUGGUCAAGGAGAGGAAUGAGAGUUGCAGUAUGAGUCAUGUAGCAUUUAUCGUUGCUGGAUUGAAGGGAAUCAGUGUAGAGGAAGUGGCAAAAGCAGCUUGGGAGAACAGUAUGAGAAUGUUCUGGGAUAGGACAUGA